AAUCCAUCGACAUUAAAUGAAUUCAGCGUUGUUUCCGUUUCCGGUUAAACCGGAACGGCCCAUUUGAUGGAGGCACCUGAACGUCCUUGUUUGUAAAAGUUCGUAAAUGUGACUUCCUGUUUGGGUCUGAGUGGGAAUGGCCGAUCCGGAGCUCCUCCUGGACUCCAGCAUCCGGGUCUGGGUGGUCCUGCCCAUCGUCUUCAUCACCUUUUUUGUUGGUGUCCUUCGUCACUACGUCACCCAGCUGCUCCACAGCGACAAGAAGGUGGCGCUGGAGCAGGUCUCCGACAGCCAGGUGCUCCUGCGCAGCCGCGUCCUCCGAGAGAACGGGAAGUUCCUCCCCCGGCAGUCGUUCAACAUGAGGAAACAUUAUUUCAACAACGCAGAAGCCGGCUUCUUCAAGAAGGUCAAGAGGAAGGUGGUCCCGAAGAACCCGAUGACAGACCCGAGCAUGGUGAUGGACAUGAUGAAGGGGAACCUGACCAACGUGCUGCCCAUGAUUCUGGUUGGUGGAUGGAUUAACUGGGUCUUCUCUGGAUUUGUCAUCACGAAGGUCCCGUUCCCGCUCACUCUGAGAUUCAAGCCGAUGCUGCAGAGAGGAAUCGAGCUGCUGUCUCUGGAUGCUUCCUGGGUGAGCUCAGCAUCCUGGUACUUCCUGAACGUGUUUGGACUCCGGAGCAUGUACGGCCUGAUCCUGGGUCAGGACAACGCUGCUGACCAGUCACGAGUCAUGCAGGACCAGAUGAGCGGCGCUGCCAUGGCGAUGCCCCCCGACCCCAACAAGGCUUUUAAGAGCGAGUGGGAGGCCCUGGAAGUCGUUAAUCACAAGUGGGCUCUGGAGAACGUGGAGGAGGACCUGAUGUCCAGAGACCUGAACUUUGAGUCCUCCAGCUGAAACGUGGGUCCACCAAGGCCCGGCGGGAGGUUCUGGACCAGUUCUGACUAACCUGAAGGCCAAAAUCAGCCGUUAAAUUAAACCUCUUCAGAUUUAUGAUCAGUAGUUAUAUUAAGUCAUAAAGUGGACUUGAUCCGGUCCGUGCUCUGGUUCUGGAUCGGCACGUUUCCAGACCCGGGGUUGUUUUUUGGACUUGAGCUGAUUUUUCUGGUUCUGCUUUAAUAAAAUCUAAAACCCUCA